AACUAAUGAUUUUCGAUUCAAGCGACAUGUGACUACUGGAUCAUGGAUGUGGUAAUAUUCAUGAGUUCUUUCUUCACUCCUUGCAUGAUUGUAAUGAGGCCAAGAAGCAACAAAAGCAUUGAGUCAGGAAAAAAAAAACAUUAAGGAUCCUAAUACAAUUCUACACUGCAAGGGAAAUGAAAUCGCGAACAGAAAAGCACGAUGGUAACGCGACUUCACCGAAACGCGGAAGCAUGAGGGUGUUUAUCGCCGCAGUGGUGAUUGUGUGCAGCAUUUACUGCUGCAGUGGAGAAAGAGUGAUAGAAGGAGGAAGUGAUUCAGUGGUUUGGGUUGUUCAGCUUUCCGAUCUUCAUUUCAGCGUUCACAAUCCAAACAGAGCACUCGACUUCAACAACCUUGUGGGACCCGCACUUUCCAUCAUCAACCCCUCCCUCGUCCUCAUCACCGGCGACCUCACUGAUGGUAAAAGCAAGGAUUUGCUAACGAUGAAGCAGAAUGAGGAUGAGUGGGUGGAAUACAAGAAUGUGAUGGAUGGAGUUAUUGAGAGAAGUGGACUUCACAAAAGAUUGUUCUUUGACCUCAGAGGAAACCAUGAUAGUUUUGGUGUCCCAGUUAUUGGUGGUUCCUUUGAUUUCUUUUCUAAAUACAGCAUUAAUGGGCAAAUGGGCAGAAAUGGGAGCGUCAAUAGUGUCACCCUUGAGACUAAGGAGCGGAAACAUCUCUUUGUUGGGAUUGAUAGCACAAUGUCAACCGGCUUACGAGGUCCAACUAAUCUUUUUGGGCAUCCCACUGAUCAAUUACUAAGGGAUUUGGACUUGGAACUCUCACACUGGGAUUCUCAGUCGGAAAAACCAGUCACCAAAAUAUCCUUUGGGCAUUUUCCACUCUCAUUUUCUGCACCCUCUAGUUCUGGAAGAACCUUGAAAGAUGUUUUCCUAAAGCACUCUGUAUCAGCCUACCUGUGUGGGCAUCUCCAUUCUAGGUUUGGCAAGAACUUAAAGCGGCACCAUCAGUUGAGUAACCGUUUUUUAUCCUUGCAGAGUUUUUUUCAGUUUAACAUACAUCAAAAUUCUAUUGAAAGCACCGUAAAUUGUUCAUCGGGAGCCCCUACACAAGAGUUUUGGGAGUGGGAGAUGGGUGAUUGGAGAAAGAAUAGAGCCUUUCGAAUUUUAGCCAUUGAUAGAGGUUAUGUUUCAUAUAUUGACCUUGAUCUCAAAUCUAGCGCCAAACAUGCAAUUGUAUUGCCCACUUUUCCUUUAGACUCUCGCUUCAUGCAGACAUCUUCAUGCCGUCAUAACUAUGAAUGUAAAUCUGUGCCCUCUUCAUCUUAUGAGACAAUUCGAGCUCUGGUAUUUUCUGUUUCUCCAGUUGAGUCUGUUGUGGCUAGGGUCUAUGAUUCACAAUCUGGAAAUCUUGAUUUAGUUGUAGAAGCCCAUAUGACCAAGCAUACUGAUGAAAGUUCUAGGGGAAAUCUCUAUGUUGCUCGAUGGAAUUACAAAGCCUUUGAGGAUACUUCUCCUGAUAGAUUUUGGCUUCAAAUUGAAGUGACUGACAACAUGGGCAGAUCAACUUUAACUGAAUUAAGGCCAUUUUCUAUUAAUAGUCGUAGCUUCAUGCUUUCUUGGACCUGGAAGGAGUUUUUGGUCAUGGGAUGCCAGUGGGCCUCCUUAUACUAUCCAUUAUUAUUUUCUUCUUUGUUCUUUUUGUUCACCUUUCUUGCUCUUCCAAAAGCUCUCCUUGUUUUUCAAAAGAAUACAUAUACAUACAAGAACUUUAUCGCCAAUAAAGGCAUAGUAAAUGGUGUAUUAUGGAUCCUCCAGGAUCUCUGCAGGGUUCGUACAUUAUGGUUUGGUUGGUUAGGAUACUUAUUUUAUCUUGUAUUGUUCCCCUGGUUUAUGGGACAAGUUUUUACUGAAGGGAAGAGUAUGGUGUACAUGACCUAUAUGGGUUGGGCUGUAGAGACUUCUAAUGGAAAGGGGAAGCAUGAGUUUGUUGGAUCCCCAGAUAUAAUGGUGUUGGUUCUUCCCCAUAUAUUAUUUGUGGUUUUGCCUGCAAUUUUUGUCACUGCUGCUCUGACUUCCGAAAGAGUGAUUUACCGGGAACGUGUGUUAGCAUUUUCAGGGAAGAAAAGAGAUGAUAUUGGUUCAAACUCCAGAAGACCUUUAUUAAAUGGAAACCACAGAAGCACAAUAUCUAAUUCCCACCUUGGCAAGCGAAGGAUUCGGAUGCUUCUGUGUGUGGCAUGCUUGGCAAUAUGUUGGAAGCAUUUUAUGAACUGCAGAACUCUUGUAAAAGCUUAUGAUAUGAACCCAGUACUCCAUUUCCUAGGUUAUGGUCUAUCAAUCCCCUUGUUAUUGGCAUAUGCUGUUGGCAAAACCAGAAGUGCUCGAUGAAACUUGUUUGAAGGGUUCACAUGUACUCUCGUCUGGGGCCAAUCUACCAGCACGGAUGCUACUACAGAGCUCACACUUGUGAUUGUGAUCAGUUCUAAAACUGAUUGAAACUAGCCGUGGUCAACAAAUAUUUCACGCCCAUCGACAGGCAACAAGAGUGCUGGUUGUUCUAUAAUCUGCCUUUGGUUUUCCUCUACCAACCCAAAUGUCUCAUUCUUAUUUAUGGUGAUGUUUCUGUUGUUUGUACUGUAAGGCGUUGUUGUCCUAUUAGUUUAGGAAUUUUGUUGGUAGAAGUGAAUAGAGGGCUCUGCAUAAUGCACCGUUGUUUGUUGGUCUCCCUGGGGUUGAAGGAUGCCACAAAAUUGUUAUAAUGGCUGAGUCACUUUACAAAAUCAAGUUAAAACUUGUUUUUGUGUUUUUGUAGAAUGUAAAUUUACUAAUUAACUAGUAACUACUGAAUUGUGGAAUUGGAUUGAUUUCAUGCACGUCAGAUUCAAAAUUAAUUGAUAAA